AGACAAGAAAAUGACCUGUUUUCACAUACACCUAUUUCUUCCUCCAUUAAUGCAGCUCUUAAGUUUAUAAAACCUCUUUCUCUUUCUCUAAUCCAAUCUUUAUUUCUUCUCCUUUCUUUUCUUUUCUUUUCUUUUCUUUUCUUUUUUUCACCUCACAUCACUUUCACACUUUCUAUUUCUGGCGCCAUUUGCUGUCUCCUUCUUUCAAACUUCACUCCAUUUUGCUUAUUUCUCUCUUUCAAAACAACAAAACUCUCUUUUCUCCCUUGGCUGAAACAUCAACCCACCCGUACCCAGUAUGGAAGAAAAAGAAAGUACAGUUUCAGGGUCACAAGCUGACUCGGAUACUGACUCGCCGCCUCCAGUAAGCAGCGUUAUAAUGCCACAGGCAAUGAAUAUAAACAUGAACAUGGCUGCAGAGAACAUAAACAUGGAAAGAACCAUAACUAGUUCAGGAACAACCCCACCAAGCGGCUUUGGAGGAUCCAGCAGCGCAGUUAGUGGAAGUAGUGCGGAUUUUUCAGGGAAAAAGAAGAGAGGAAGGCCACGAAAAUACGAUUCAGAAGGAAACCUUAGACCGCAGCCAUUUCAUCAACCAUUAGCAUCACCACAUGGUUUUUCUUUCUCUCCCUGUUCACCAGCGCAGCCGUCUUCUGGUGGUUCUAAAAGAGGUCGGGGUAGGCCUGCUGGCUCCGGUAACUGGCAGCUUCUGGCUUCUUUAGGGGAGCUAUUUGCAAAUACAGCAGGAGGUGACUUCACUCCUCACGUGGUAACCGUGCAAACUGGAGAGGAUGUUGCAGGGAAAAUUGUGUCAUUAGCUCAAAAAGGUCCUAGAGGAAUUUGUAUUCUUUCUGCCAAUGGAGCUGUUUCUAAUGUUACUAUUCGACAACCAGGUUCUUCUGGUGGUAUUUUGACAUAUGAGGGUCGAUUUGAGAUCCUUUCAUUAUCGGGGUCAUUCACAGUGAGUGAAAAUGGUGGCGUAAGAAGUAGGACUGGAGGACUUAGUGUUUCCUUGGCUAGCCCCGAUGGUCGUGUUAUAGGCGGUGGCAUUGCAGGACUCUUACUGGCAGCUAGUCCUAUCCAAAUUGUUGUAGGCAGCUUCAUGCCUAAUGGUUACAAGGCACACAAGAAAAAGCAUCAUCGCGAACAUACAAUAAUGAGUUCUGUAAUUUCAAGUGCUCCAGAUGUAGCAACCGAGGCAAGACCAAUCUCACAGCCAAAACCUGAUAAUAAUCAGUUAACAGAACAGAACCAUAGAGGAACAGUUAACAAUAAUGCAAAUGACCAACAAAUAACAAAUACUACAAAUUCUUACAACGGCAGUUGGAAAGUAUCAGAAGAGCCCACAUCUAAUCAAAGGCCAUCUCCUGAUAUCAAUGUCUCUGUCUCUAUUGAAGAGGAUGUACAAGUGAAAGGCCUUGCAAUGGCCAACGCCGCCGACGAUCAUCCUGUGCUCUCAAAAUAGUCACAAUGUAGUCAGAAGACCACAGGUUUCUCGUCCCUUGACUGAACGA